AUGCCACCCCUCCGCCCACCCCUCGCACGCCCAACCAUCUACGACCUAAAAUCCUUCCUCUUCUCCCCACCAUCAAUAUCUCAACGUCCUCUCACCACGCGCUGCCCAUCCCAUCCCCUCUCUCAUCCUCUUUCUCGCCUCAUACCUCAUCGCCCUCGUCGUCAUCAGUUCUCCACCAAACCUCCCUUCCUCACCCCCACCAACCGCACACCACCCUCCCACGACCGCGGCCCCGCCUCCAAAGAAACCACCCAAACCGACUUCGGGACCCUGAACAUGCUGGGUGCCUCCCCGGUGCCGAGCACGAAUAUCGAUGCCUGUGUCUGGGACGGCUUUCUGCUCGAUAAUGGGGUCAAGAUCACGGAUGGGAGGGGCGUGUUGCUGGUUAAUGGGGAGGCGUUUGAGUGGUGUCCUUGGCUUGCUAAGGAUGGGCUUGGGGAGGGGGGUAACAAGGGGGGGAGGCUGAGGUUGGUUAAUGAGGGGGGGCAGUGGGAGUGUGGGGAUGAGGGGUGGGGGUUGCUGGGGUUGGUUUGGCCGAAACCUGGUGAGUUGUUCUCUUUGGGGGAUGGAGAUUUUUGGAUUUGUGGAUUUAGAGGGGAUUGGGAUGAGUUCGUGGAUGGGUGCUAAUUUUGCUGUAAUAGAUCUGUUGAUCCUGGGUCUGGGGAAGGAAAUGCGUCCGCUUAGUCCGAGGGUGCGGCAGUAUAUCAAUAGUCUCGGUAUCCGCGUCGAUGUCCAGGAUACGAGGAACGCGGCGGCGCAGUUUAAUCUGUUGGCGACGGAGAGGGGCGUGCAGAGUAUUGCUGCGGCCUUGAUACCUAUUGGGUUUAGGGAGGGGAGGGGGUGUGUUUAG